UUUCUUUAUUUUUAUAGAGACUUUGAGCCAACUGGCCUCAUUCGCCCAUCAAAAUUCGAAAGGUGCUUGAGCAGAUGUAUGAAAACUUGUACACUGUAUGAAACUUUUAUGGCGUAUGGAACGCCUAACAGUAUGCAAUAAAAGCAACAGCACAUGUUUCGCAUCAAAUUCAAAUCACACCGUUGAAGCGUUACGGUGUAAAAUCAUUGCCGCGGUUUUUUUUAGUUUUUGUGCACAUCUAAACAGCACAUCAAAGCAUCUUAAACCUAUUGAAGAAGAAACUGUUCAUCGCUUAACAGUUUAAGAACGGUCGCUCAUGCAAAGGGAAAGGCAUUAUUACAAAACACCACUUCCACCCUACUUUCGUGAGAGGUUAUUGAGAGAGGCCAAUUAGCACAACAACAACAAAAAAAAGUGAUUACCGGUGGCCCAUUCUGUUUCGUCCGCGCAGUGCAAGUAACGUGCACGCAGCCAGGAUGUUUUGGCUUUUUUGGUGCAGCCACGCACAUGUCACUUUGUGAUCGCGACGAUCACGCCACAGCCGUUUGCGGAGUUACGCAGCGUCUGCAGCCCUCGUAUCACGCAACACACACACAGACAAGAGCGAAACAUAAAAUAUGUCCAUAAUGUAACACUCGGCGAGCCCUUCGGUUCGGCACUGUCCGUUGCCGGAAGUGCCUGAGGAUCCCUAACCUCCCGCACACUCACAAGCUCAAAAACUAGAGAUAUGCACUUUGGAGCGCAUCCAAAGAGCCGAUCCGACUCCGGCUAACGUUAGUCCGAUUUCGACUCCGGCAAAAUCCGAACCACUAGUUACGCACGGAAUCGGAGUCGCCCAGUGUCGUUUGUAGUCGUCUGAAGUCGUUCGGAGUCGUCUGUGAUCGAACCGAGUCGCUUGGAGUCGUCCGGAGUCAGCCGAAGGCAUUUGGAAUCGACCCGAGUCGCUUGGAGUCGUCCGGAGUCGUCCGGAGUCAGUUGGAGUCGGAGUCGUCCGGACUCGUUUGGAGUCGGAGUCUUUCGUCAUCGUCCAGAUUCGAUCGGAGUCGACCAGAAAUGGAGUCGGUCGGAGCCAACAGGAGCUGUCCGGUGCAAUGUGCUUGUUAUCAGGCAUUUAAUUUCGUUGUGUUUUGCUGUCUUUCUUUUUGCGCGUGCACUUCGUAUACCGGUCUUUGUUUCCAAGGCCGACUCUGGCUGACUCCGACUCCAACCAAUUCCGGACGACUCUGGUCGACUCCGGACGACUCCGACUCUGAAAGUGUUCGAACGACUCCAGAUAAUGCCGAAAUCCGUAGUCGGUUCCGACAUUAUCGGAGUCGCAUCGGAGUCGAAUCCGGGUUUUAGCCAACUUUACCCAUCACUGUACACUGGCACACUUUUCUUGCGGGUGGUGUCUGGAGUCGCCCGCCACAGUAGGUCACAAUAGUGUGCUGGUAGGACUGUACGCUGUGUGUGUGCACCUUUCCACCAAAAAUGCAAAAAAGGGUUUUCCACUCAGGCGCUUACCCUUUUCACACCAUCGCGCCACGCUCCGGAGCACGCGGCUCGCGGUCAGUUACGGAGCAGUGUUUUUGUGUGCGUUUUAGUUUUCGUCUGCUUCUUCUGCUUCUUUUUUUUUGGUGAAUGCUCAAGGCAACCGUGUGUUGUGUGGUGCAGUGCGGCAGCGAUCACCGUCAGUUCGGUACCUUACCUCGGUCAGAACGCAGUGGCAGCACAAGCAGGCGGCCCGGAGCCGAAGUGAAGUGGCGCUGUCCGUCAGCGCGAUGCCCAAACAGCCGCGUCAGCUAGGAACCUGAGGUGACGGUGAUCGCGCAGAACAAAACAGUCAACCGACAACAAUCCACCAAAGGGAGCAAAAGCGCAACAAAGCUGCCUCCGUACGCCUCCACGGCCCGCUCCAUCAACUACUGUUGAAAUCCUAACGACCACUCCAGGCAGGGGGUUUCUGGCUGCCGUGUCUUCGAGGACGCCCUUCGCUUCCGGGAUUGCAGACACUGUGACUUUUGUGCAAGUGUGCGUGUGCGUGUGUGUGUGUGUUUUAUGCCAACGCAAUUCCGAAAGAUGGCAAGCUAUCUGUGCGAAUGAAAUAAAUCCUCCACCCGGUAAUCCGGUCCUCUGGUCACUUCUGGUGCAGGUUCGUCGUCUCGCGCCGCGCAGCAUCUCUGUGACCACGCGUAGGGGCAACAACAACAACAACAACAACAGCAAAAAGACACGGAGCGCAUAUUCUCGCAGAAUUCCGCCAUCUCCAGCACUCAGUGCGUGUGUGUGUGUGUGGUGAGCGCACUGCAAUUAAGCAACUCUCCACAGCCUCCCCUUCCCCACGGUGGUGCUGCACACACCUGUGAGGAACGCGAGCACGCGCGAGAAUGAGAAUAAAGCGUCUCGAUCCCUCGAGCGUACUUUGUGGCGUUUGCGCAGUUUUGCAGCCGUUUUUCCCGUCCCGACCGUCGACGGUAGUGGUGGAUGCUGAGGUUGCUGCUGCUGCUGCUGCUGCUGUUGGUGCCCAAAGUGCUCGAGUCGGUUGCGAUGUGUCGCGAUAAGGUGGUCCUGACGUUGCCGCGUGCCAUACUGCUGUGCCUUGCGAUCCUGGCCGGCGGUUCGUCGCUUGGUGCGGGAGGUGUGUCGCCGGUGAACGAUUCGUUGGCGGUAGCGAGCACCGGUUUGCGCGAUGCACGGUUCCUGGCGUUCGGCGAGGGGCUGACCAGCGAGGAGUUUAGUCUGUACCCGGUGCAGUGGGGCGAGCGGGGAGCAGGAGAAAGCACGGCCCGGUACGACGAUGGCAGUGAGCUGGUGCGGCUGGUCGAGGGCGGCUCGAAUCUGAGCCCCGACCCGUACGAGUUGAUUCGGUGGGAAAGUGACGCGAGCAGGUACGGGCAAGGUACAGGUGCAUAUCGGAAGCUGACCAGCGGUGACAUUCCGCGCACACCGUUGGACAGCACUGUCUUCCAGCAGGACGGCGAGCUGGGCGUCACGACCAGCUACUACCCGACGGCGGCCGCCCUCCAGUCGCAAGACGAACCGGUAGUGAUGACGGCAGCGCCGUCUUUGUCACGUGUUUCAGCAUUCGUGCGCGGUAUGCUGCAGCGCUUCGGCAUCUACCAGUACAUCGCGGCGUACCAGAGCAAGGGUGGUGGUAGCGAAAGUGGCAGUAGCAGUAGCACCACUUCCGGCCCUUCGUCGAACAUCCAGCGCGGCACACCGCACCGCUUUCGGCCGCACUUUGUCAACACGGCCAAGGGUCUGCGCAACAUACCGGCCCAGCUGAACGAUGGCCAGCUGCAACUGGCCCCGGAAGAGGGGGUGACCGGCAGCGACGGUUCGCUAGUGUCCGGCGGCCAGCCCGGACUGCAGACUGGCGGAGGCGGAGCGGGCAGUACGACCGGCAGUACUAGCAAGGCUCCUGGAAGCUCCGCGGGCGGUGGUGGCACCGGCGGCACGAUCAGCUCACUGUUCAACGCCUUCAAGCGCAAGGUCAAAGCCAUCUACCCGGGCACGGUGUGGUGCGGGGACGGCAACCAGGCGAAGAGCGAGAACGACAUCGGGUUCUUCUAUCUGACCGACAGCUGCUGCCGGGCGCACGAUCUCUGUCCCAUCACCAUCGCAGCCGGCGAGCAGUUCAAUCGGCUAAAGAACAAUGGCUACUUUACGCGAUCUCAUUGUGACUGUGAUAAACAAUUUUUCAACUGUCUGAAGAACGCCAACACGCUCGUUUCGCGCCAGAUCGGCUACACGUACUUCAACCUGCUGAAACCGCAAUGCUUCCGGCACGAGCAUCCCAAGCUGAACUGCACCAAAAGAAGCAAAGGCAAAUGCAUAUCUUAUGUCGUGGACGAGAAGCAGAGCAAGCGGUGGCAGUGGUUCGAUAAUCUCAUCUUUUAACCAGACCAAACGCGCAGUGUGGUGCGUGCUCUUACCUUCAGGUGCAGGUGCGUCUCGCCCGAAUUAAAGCCACCCUUUUGGAAGGGUUGGCAUGUUACACGCACCAUCAAUCACCCCCCUCCCCACAUACCCUCCGUCAGCAGAUGGGUAGCGUUGUGUUGGGUGAAGGUGUGCUUUUAAAUACAGGUAAGCCGUUCCAACGGAUGGCGUGUCCAUUUUGGCGCAACCACCGCGUAUUACGUGGGGACGUGGGGAUUUAUACCGCGCCCAGCAGCUCCAGUCCACACUUACCACAUCGGUUUUAAAAGCCGAACGGCACCCGUAACAGAGACCUUCACAUUCUGCCUCCGGUCCUACGCCGGCACUGGAGUCGCGGAUCGUGCAACCGUUAGAAUCCUUAUAUUAGGAAGUAAACGAAUCGUUUACUACUUCGGCACAUCGCUUAGGCGCCCCCGCAGGAGUCUCCACCACUACACGCUAGGACACUACUGAUAGUGAUAGUGAUAGUGACAGGAAGCUCCCCGUUUACUUAACCAAGUCGCCAUACUGUAACGCUUGUAAUACUAAUGUACUUUAAAGGGUAAGAUAUCACGCGUCGUCUGUAGUAUGUUUUAAGUUAAGGUUAGGUUUAGGUCACGCCUCAUUAACGUUUGCUUAACUUUGCCCGUCCGAAAAAAAAGUUGUGCAAUAAAAGCGAAACAGCUUCUGUUUGAAACUAACCAACAAACAAGCAAGCAUUGUUUUCUUCUUUGGUAGA